AUGGCGUCUCUCUCCUUCACCCAAUUCUUAUCAUUCCCCAGAUGCAAUGCAGAUGUUCCUUGUCUGCUCCAGUCGCAUGGUUUUGUGAAGUUUAGAGGUGAAAGAUGGAAUGGGAAACAAAGCUUUUCUAUGGCUGCUGGUAGGAGAAAGUUAUCAGAGUCAGCACCUCUUGAAGAAGAAGGUAAUGAUGGAAACGGUGCGGUUGUGGGAAAGAAACCAUCUAAAAGUGUUAAGAGAACAACGAAGAAGAAGGUUGUGGUUAAGGAUGAACCAUUAGAAGAAAUUUCUGAAUUUUUGGUUGAUAAUGAUGAUGUUUUAGACAAGGAAAGCAUUGUCUCAGCUUUGAAACCAAAAAAGACAAGAACUAGAAAGAAAGCUGCAGCAGCUUCUUCUGAUGUGGAGGAAGUAAAAACCGAGAAGAAAGUGAGACGAAAGAGGACUGUUAAGAAAGAUAAAGAUGUGGAGGAUGAUUUAGCUACUAUUAUGGAUGCUGAGGUUAGUGAUGUCGAGGAAGCAUUGGCUGUUGAAAGCACUGAUACAGAGAGUGAAGAAGAAGAGAUUGAUCUGAGUAAACAUGAAGGUGAAGAUAUUAGUCACACUUAUGGAUGGCCUCCUCUCGUGUGUUGCUUUGGAUCUGCACAACAUGCUUUUGUGCCUUCGGGAAGGCCAGCAAACAGGCUAUUAGAUUAUGAACUACACGAACGGAUGAGAGAUGCAAAGUGGGCUCCAGAGAAGUAUAUCCGGGCUCCUGGAGGAUGUGCAGGAGGUGUUGCUAUUGCUCUUGCAAGCUUGGGUGGUAAGGUUGCUUUUAUGGGCAAACUUGGGGCUGAUGACUAUGGUCAAGCCAUGUUGUAUUAUCUGAAUGUGUGCAAAGUCCAAACUAGAUCAGUUAAGAUUGAUGGUAAAAGGGUUACGGCGUGUUCUACUAUGAAGAUCAGCAAGAGAGGUCGCUUGAAAUCGACUUGUAUUAAGCCAUGUGCAGAGGAUUCACUUUCAAAAUCUGAAAUCAACGUUGAUGUGCUCAAAGAGGCGAAAAUGUUCUACUUCAGCACGCAUUCUCUACUCGAUAAGAAGAUGAUGUCAACUACGAUACAAGCCAUCAAGAUAUCAAAGCAACUAGGCAAUGUCAUUUUUUAUGACUUGAAUCUCCCUUUACCACUAUGGCACUCCAGCGAAGAAACCAAGUCUUUCAUACAGGAAGUGUGGAAUCUUGCAGACGUCAUUGAAAUCACAAAACAGGAACUUGAAUUCUUAUGCGGAAUCGAGCCUACUGAAGAGUUCGAUACAGAAAACAAUGACAUCAGUAAGUUUGUCCAUUACCCGCCAGAAACUGUGGAACAGCUUUGGCAUGAAAAUCUCAAGGUCUUGUUUGUGACCAAUGGCACUUCUAAGAUCCAUUACUAUACCAAAGAGCACAAUGGUGCUGUUUCCGGAAUGGAGGAUGUUCCCAUUACUCCUUUUACAAGGGAUAUGUCAGCAUCUGGAGAUGGCAUCGUUGCAGGUCUAAUAAGAAUGCUUACGGUUCAGCCAGAUCUUAUGAACAAUAAAGGGUACCUGGAACGCACAGCGAGAUAUGCAAUUGAGUGUGGUAUUAUUGAUCAAUGGUUGCUGGCACAAACCCGAGGAUAUCCUCCAAAGGAUGACAUGGAAGAAGAAGAAGAUGAUGAAGAAGAAGAUGAAGUGGAAUCAGAUCCAAACGGUAUAAGAUCGAUAACAGAGAAGGAAUACAGAACCUCAAAGCCUUAUGAUGAACCAGAUGGUCCAUACGUUAUGAAACCAGUAGAGGAAAGGGAGUACAAGAAGUUAGAGCUUGUUGGCUCAAUGUUUGAAGAUGGUAGUUUAUGA